AUGAAUAAUUUCAUUGAUAUUCAGACAUUCAUUAUCGAUUAUUUCAAACUAUUAAAAACAAUCAAUGAAUCACAUAAGGACAUAAUGACGUUAAAACUCGGUGAAAGUAUAUUUCCUCUCUCCGCCACAUUCAAUCAGUUUUCACAAAGAGCUGAGGAUGCACAAAAACAUUUACAAUGGCAAAUACGAGCUCUCGCACAGCAACGCCGAUAUGAAAUUUCUAAAGGCAUAGAUAACCAAUAUAAGACAACGACUUUCGAAAAAAUAUCAUAUAUUUUCAAUGAUAAUUUUCAAAAUGAUUUGAAUCAAUUAGAACACAACAUAUCAAACGAGAAUAUACGCUCAAUGUUUCGUCAUAUUCGUGUAAUACUCGAUUCUUUUCAGUUAUACAAUGAUAUCAUAUCGACGAAAGGCUCUUCAAACAUAACCUUUCGUUUGAUACCGAUAUUACAAAAUAUCAAAAAGCAAUUAUGUUGUCUAUCGCGAAUGAUUGAACAUAUCCUUGAUGAAAACGCCGAGACGAUUAAGAGAAAUUUAAUUCAAUUACAAGAAACACUAUUGGUUUAUGAAACUAAUAUGCAAAACAAAUUUCAGACAUACAUGUUCCGUGAUAUUCGACCACCGGAACUUAUUAUACCUUGUCCACCGCAUCCAAACUCUCGAGAUGUAUUUGCCAAAAUCAAAUCAACAUAG